AAAUUUCCUAUUUUGUCUGCACAGGACAAGCAGUUCCUCGAGCCCUAUGGACGCAUGCGAGACGUUUUGUAUGUGGUGGUUGCCCCUGACAAUGAGAUGGUGCUCAAGCACGUGGUCUCCUUCUUCAAGGAGCUGAGCACAGUGUACGAGAUGUGCCGGCUGGGUCGACACUGCGCCAUCAGCAAAGUGCUGCGCGACGGGGUGCUGCGCGUGGGCCGGAGUGCUGCGGCCCGGUUGAUGGACGAGCCUAUGGACGAGUGGUUCACCAUGCUGGGUGAUUCUAGUGUUGCAUCAAAACUGAAACUCUACGCCCAGGUUUGCAAGCAUCAUCUUGCUCCCAUUCUGUCUGCACCCAACCUGGACAAGAGCAUGUUUGACCAGGGCUCUAGCAGCUCACACAAGGCCCAGUUCAAGAUGCCUGAGCCAGCACCGGGCAGCACUCGGCCAGCCACUCCAGACAGUCAGAUGAACUCGGGGGCUGGUGGUGGGCCCAACUCUCAGGGGAACCUAGGAGAUGAUGGGAAAGACGGUCAAGGAGAUGGUGGUCAACAGCACAAGGAUGGACAGCAUGAUGGCUCUGAUGGCACAGAAGACAACGGCUCCUCCCCAGGCAUAGUGGUCUAUCUGGUGGACCCAUUCUCCUAUGGCCACGACAGCGACCCCAUCUCUAGGAUGGCCAUGAUUGGCUUGCUGCGCUGUUACCAGCAGAUGGUCUUGCCAGACCACCUGGCCAGUAAUCUGAGCUUGCAGCUGAUCCCCCUGCGGACCAUCCUGGAGCACAAAGAAAGUGCCAGCAAGCUGCAGAUUCUCAAGUCCAUUGCCUUCUCUGUGUUCACUGCUUCUAAGUGGACGCUUGGACACAGCGUCAUGGGGAGGUCCCUCACAGGCUUUGGACCUGCUGCUGCCGCUGAGGAAAUUAUGAAGAGGAAGGCGGCGGAAAACUUAAGGCUAUACAGUCCUCCUUUCAUCCUUGCUUCGACCAAGUCUCGGCAGAACCAGAUCAUGGAGGCCAAGACAGACCAGCAGACGGUGCUAUUCUGUGGCUACUGCCUGUCGGAGGACCAGAGGUGGUUGAUGGCCGUCUGCACUGACGACCGGGGAGAGCUCAUGGAGCACAGUACCAUCAACAUUGAGAUUCCCAACAGGAAUCGUAGGAAAAAGGCCUCAGCUCGGCGCCCUGGUCUGCAGAAACUGUGGGACUUCAUUUUAGGGGUUGUCGCCCUCACGUCUCACCCAUCCCGUCUUGUGAUUGGUCGGUUCGGACGCAUGGGACAUGGAGAACUCAAAGGCUGGUCUGGUCUACUGAGCAAGAAGAACCUACAGAGUGCCUCGCGGCGCUUGAAGGAGAUGUGUGGUCAGUGCUCCGUCAUGGGACCCACUGAGGUGCCCUGUGUCCUGAGUGCUUGUCUCGUAUCCAUGGAAACACAUCCUAGCUUCCAGGUGGUGGUUGAUGCUAUGAAACAGGAGGAGAAACAGAGCAGCAGCAUUCCAUUACAGACACCUCGUGAUGCCAGCGUGACCCACAUUCUGGUCUUCCCCACUUCUGCCACCGCUCAGGUGAAUGCCAACCCUCUGCAGCAGGACCCCCAGAACGACUUCACCUCUCAUUUAGAACUAGAUGAUGUUUUCUCCGACAUCAACCAAAUGGGGGAGGACAUGGGGGGCUUCCUGGACAUAUUUGGCGACAACUUUGACGCGCCGACCACCAGCCCUCCGGUGUCACCCACAAGCAACACCAACAGGCCGUUCUCAAAGACAAAUGGGCCUUCAGCCAGCCUGACGGAGAACCUGCUGGACCCCCAGGACGAUGUGAACCUCCUCCAGCAGCCCCUGGCCAUGGGCUACUACAUCUCCACUGCCCCACCGGGCCCACUGCCCAAGUGGUUUUGGUCAGCCUGCCCGGAGAAUGAGUUUACCAAUCCUCAUGUCUUCAAGUCUGCUCUGCACAUCAACGAGUCCUCCAAACACGACGACUUCCUGCACAAGACCGACAACAGGAGCAAGCCGCACGCCCUGGACUCACACAUGACUUGUGAUGUGCUCAGGUAUGUGUUGGAAAACUACAACGCCCUCUCCUGGCUGACCUUUGACCCUGUGCUCAACGACCGCCGCUCUUGCCUGCCAGUGCACUUUGUGGUGCUCAUGCAGCUAUACCAUGCCCUCAACGCUUUCGUGUGAGCGUCGCACAAGACACAGACUGAUCUGUUUGUCCCUGCGGAGCGGGGAAAUUCACCCACUGGUCUUUCACUCAUAUACAGGAUGUGAAUGGAAGUGGAGAGAAAGAGAGAGAGAGAAGAAUGGAAAGCUGGUGCCCAUUGUGGAGACCUGUAUAUCUUCAGUGCAUCGGUUUCCAUCUGCUCUUGUCUUGUGUGUGCCGAUGGGCCUGACAGCCACAAUCACAGCCAUGGCUGGAGAGAACGAGCGUCUUGUGUCCCUGAAGCAUUUCAGUAGAAAGUGCUGAAUCCGUGCUAUGAGAAGCGCAAGUCCACAAAUGUGCAGAAUCAAAGGAGAGGCUUCCGAUUGGUUCUCUUCCACACAGACACGUACAGCCUUCACCUUGCUGGACUUACUGAGCGCUAUAUAUGCGUGUGUGUGUGUGUUUCUGCCUGCGGAUAAUGAUGUGGUGGUGUGAACAGACUGUGAUGACACUUUUGUUCUUGACAUGGACAGGGGGGCAUGGACAUGAAGUUUUCUCUACAGCUUGUGAGCACUGAUGUAUGUGUUCAGGUGAGAGGAGUAGGAGGAGAUAAGUCAAAGGGAACAGUUCAACAACACCCGUCCUGUUGUUCUGCUGGUGGUGGCCUGUGGGUUGUGACCCUUACACUCUACCCAGCCUCUGCCCUGACUGACUUGCUGUUUGCUGAGGUACUCGCUCUUCCUCUUUUGUGUCCUUUCUCUCUUCUCUCUCUCUUCUCUCUUCUCUCUCUCUCUCUCUCUCUCUCUCUCUCUCUCUCUCUCUCUCUCUCUC